AUGUCGACAGAAACAGUCGACGUCGUUAUCGACUCCCUCGUCAACGCCGGCGUCACCCACAUCUUCGGCGUCCCGGGUGCCAAGAUCGACUCCGUCUUCAACGCCCUCAUCGACCGUCCCGAGAUCAAGCUCGUCGUCUGCCGCCAUGAACAGAACGCCGCCUUCAUCGCCGGCGCAAUCGGCAGGAUCACCGGCAGACCCGGCGUCUGCAUAGCCACCUCGGGCCCGGGCACCAGCAACCUGGUCACCGGCCUCGUGACCGCCAACGACGAGGGAGCCCCCGUCGUCGCCCUCGUCGGCGACGUCAAGCGCAUCCAGGCCGCCAAGAAGACGCACCAGAGUCUACACGGCGUUCAGCUGCUCAAGCCCGUGACCAAGAAGGUCACCGGCGCCGUGCAUCCCGACCAGAUCUCGGAAAUCAUGCUCGACGCCUUCAGGACCGCCGCCGCCUACCCCCAGGGCGCCACUGCCGUGAGCCUGCCAAUCGACAUCAUGACCGUCGGCACCAAGACCUUCAUCCCUGCGUUGCCCUCGAAUGCCUUCAUCCCGCCCCAGUACGGCACGUCUCCGUCUGCUUCCCUGAGCCGGGCCGCAUCCAUGAUCCAAAACGCAAAGUUUCCCGUGCUGUUCCUCGGCACCAGGGCCGCCACCCCGGAGGCCGUCCUGGCCGUCCAAGGUUUCCUGCGGAAGCACCCGAUUCCCGUUGUCGAGACCUUCCAGGCGGCCGGUUCUAUCAGCCGAGAGCUGGCCCACCUCUUCUUCGGCCGCAUCGGUCUCUUCCGCAACCAGCCGGGCGACAAGCUCCUUGCCCAAGCUGAUCUCGUCAUCGUCGCGGGCUACGACCAGUCGGAAUACGACGCCGAUGCUUGGCAUAAGAACCAAAGCCUCGAGAUCCUCCACCUCGACUGGAUCCCCGCCGACUACGGCACCUUCUACAACCCCAAGCUCGAGCUCGUGGGCUCCAUUGCCGCCAACGUCAAGGCUCUCAGCGACAUGCUCGCAAACGUGUCGCGGCCACAAGAGUCCGAGGUGGCAAAGGCAAUCUUUACUGAGUUCCACGCCUGGGAGCAAAGCCCCGAGGCCCUUGGCCGAACGGGCGACAGCCCGGUUCACCCUCUCUACUUCAUCAAGCUGAUGCAGGGCAUGCUGCCCCCGUCGCCAACCGUCGCGUCCGACGUAGGCAGCAUGUACAUCUGGCUCUCCCGAUUCUACUUCGCCUACAGCCCCAAGUCCUUCCUCGUCUCCAACGUCCAGCAGACCCUCGGCGUCGCCCUCCCCUGGGCCAUCGGCGCAUCAAUGGCCCAAGACCCGCCGUGCUCGCGGAAAGUCAUCAGCAUCAGCGGCGACGGCGGCUUCCUCUACAGCGGACAGGAGCUGGUGACUGCCGUGCAGCAUGGGUGCAACAUCACGCACUUCAUCUGGAACGACGGAAAGUAUAACAUGGUGGAGUUUCAGGAGGUGGACAAGUACGGACGCAGUUCAGGCGUCGACCUGGGAGGGGUCGACUUCGUCAAGUACGCCGAGGCGUUUGGCGCCAAGGGCUUGCGAGUCAGCCGUUCGUCGGAACUAGAGGCUGUCAUGAAGGAGGCGCUGAGCCACCAGGGGGUGUGCGUGGUCGAUAUUGAGAUUGACUACUCGCAUAAUUCCGAGCUCAUGAAGAACGUUAUCCAUGAUAACAUUAGUUAG